ACCGCGGCUAGAGCGUGUAGAGCUGAGAGCGCACUGGCCUCCGCCCGCCAGACACUCCGCGCCCCGCUUCGCGACAACAUGUUGUCUACCCGCCUGGUGGUCGUCGCCGUCCUGGCCGUCCUGGCCGCCGCCAGCGGAGCCUCCGGGGCGGACGUGUGCGCGUGCCCCGAGCCGCCCACGCAGAAGAACUUCGACGCGGAUCGCUACCUGGGCCUGUGGUACGAGAUGAAGACGGCGGCCGGUGGCUACGAGCAGGGCGGCCAGUGCGGCACCGCACACUACGCCUGGAACGCCGACAAGACGGCCGUGAACGUCAUCAACGCCAACUUCGUGCCGACGUUUGGGGGUAACUACACGGUGAAUCUAAUAGCAACGCCCGUCGUCGUAGCCGAGGGCAAGUUCACCGUCACCUUCCCGUCGGGUCCGCAGGCCUCCACCCCACCGGCGAUGUACUGGGUCCUGGGCACUGACUACGACACCUACGCCGUGGUGUACUCCUGCAGUUCCUCAGGAACCGAUGGGGAGUUGCCCAAGAUCGCGCUUUGGGUGCUGGCACGACACCCCGACAAGUACAACGCGGAAACGAAGAAAACCGUGGACCAGCUCAUAAAGGACAACAAACUGGACGGCGUCGUCCUCCAGGAGGUGGGGCACGACUGCCCGGCCACCACGUGCAAGCCGUGCCAGGCCGUGGAGAACCUGGACGUCGCCAAGCUGUCCGCCGGCCGCUGGUGGGAGCUGCAGCACAGCCUGUACGCCGACAAUACCGACAACAAGAGCUGCGCCUACGCCGACUUCAGCGCCACGAGCGACGGAAUCAAAAUGGACGUGAACGCCAUCGAGUACAGGCUCGACGGCAGCGUUGGCAGCGACAUUCCAAAGAGCCUGCCGGGCAAGUGGUUCAACAACGACGGCAAGAACAAGGCGGAGUUUGCGAUCAACGUCGCCGACGCCGACAAGGACGACCGAUUCUGCAUCAUUGGCACCGACUACGACAACUGGGCGGUCUUGACCGUCUGCAAGAAGGCAGCCAAGCGCAGCGACAUCCCAUCCUUCCUGGACAUCGACCCGGUGCCGUCGGGCGGCAUCUUCGUCCUGUCGAGGGCACACGGCCUCAACUCGACGCACCAGAUGGCGGCCAACCAAGCCGUGGUGACGGCCGGCUGGGUCCCGUCUGCCAUGGUGCCCACUCCGACGACGCCCUGCCCCUCCUCGGCCUUCGACAGCGACACCAAAUCCGCGGCCGGUGCCGCCACCCCCGCGGCCAUGCUCAUCCUCGCCAUGGUCGCGCGCGCCCUGCGCGUCUAGGACGACACUGUCGCACGGCUCAUAGCCUCAUCCCUUACUUUUCCCACACACUUCCGCUUACCAAACGCUCCAGCUGCUCCAGCCCUUCCAGCAUGGGUCGACCUUACCUGACCGUGCGCCACCAUGUGCUGACUAGGGCUGCAAAAGGCAUAACCAGGAGAGAGGCGCUACAACACUAUAAUUUUCUACUACCGAAAAAAACAACAACAUAUUUUGUUCGUACACUUAUGAAAUCUGUGACACACACAAAUAAGUACAAAUUAAAAAAAUAAACAUCAA